AUGAGCGUCAGUAGUAGCAGUAAUCACGAUGCUGACGCAUCUACAGCGCCGGUUUUGAUUGCUGAGAAAUAUGCAGUGGAACAAGAGAUAGGCAAAGGCUCUUUUGCCACCGUUUACAAAGGCCGCUUAGUGUCGAAAGGGGAAGACAGUACCGAUUUCAUUGCGAUCAAAGCUGUGUCGCGAUCGAAGCUGAAGAAUAAAAAACUCCUAGAAAAUUUAGAGAUUGAAAUCGCCAUUUUAAAGAAAAUCAAACACCCUCAUAUUGUCGGACUCAUGAACUGCGAGCGAACGGGGUCGGAUUUCUUUCUGAUCAUGGAAUACUGCGCUCUUGGCGAUCUUACCUUCCUGAUCAAAAAGCGCAAAGCUCUCAUCGAAAAGCACCCCCUUGUGCGAACAAUGUUCGAAAAAUACCCACCUCCAAGCGAGUCCCACAAUGGGCUCAACCGCGUUGUUGUCGUGAAUUACCUUCAGCAACUAUCCUCAGCACUGAUGUUUUUGCGAUCGAAAAACUUAGUUCACAGAGACAUCAAACCCCAGAACUUGCUAAUAUCCACACCCCUCAUAAACUAUCACGAUGCGGAAACCUUUCACAAGAUGGGUUUUGUGGGUAUUUACAAUCUACCAGUUCUUAAGAUUGCAGAUUUUGGAUUUGCAAGAUUCUUACCAAAUACAUCGCUUGCCGAGACCUUAUGUGGAUCUCCAUUAUACAUGGCGCCGGAAAUUUUGAAUUACCAAAAAUAUAAUGCUAAAGCAGAUUUAUGGUCAGUAGGCACUGUGCUCUACGAAAUGUGCUGCGGCAGACCGCCUUUUAAGGCUUCAAACCAUCUAGAGCUUUUUAAAAAAAUCAAAAAAGCCAACGACGUGAUAAGUUUUCCGUCUCAUUGCAAAUUAGAGCCCGAGAUGUGCGAACUCAUUUGCGGUCUUCUGACAUUUGAUCCUUCUCAAAGAAUGGGGUUUAACGAAUUCUUUAGUCAUGAAAUAGUGAAUGAGGAUUUGUCUGCAUACGAAAAAGAAGAUAUGCCUGAUUUGGAAGACAAGUCUAAAGAUGUUGCAGGAAGCAAUAUGUUUAUAUCUGAAUAUCUCACCAAGCCUGCUGGGAAGCCAAUGGCUAUGAAACCGCUCAAUGAAAUCGUGACAUCUACUGCGCGGUCUAUGAGUUCCUCGGAUACCGCUAAAACGCACGAUAGGCCCCGCAAUAGCAGUACUGGCGAUCGAAAUGAGAAGGCAAUUGGGAGUCUAAUGGACGGCUCACGCGCACACCAAGAUACUUCUAUCGAAAAGGAGUACGUCAUGGUUGAAAAGAAAAGUGUGGAGGUUAAUGCGCUAGCAGAUGAAUUUGCAAACUUGGGAACUCGCGCUGGCAGCGAACUCGAUAGGCGAUCUCCACCGUUGAAAAGUCUACAACAGCAAGUAAAUGCGCCACAAGCCACUGCUAUCAGAAAGUCUUCAUCAAGUAGUGGAGCAACAGCCAGAAGGCCUUCCCUGGUUGAAAGGCGUCUGUCGAUUUCGUCUUUGAGCCCUUCAAACGCGCUGACCAAAGCUUUAGGGAUUGCAUCAACUAGGUUAUUUGGCAGUCAGCAUACUCCUGCACUAUCCGUUUCCCCUAAUCAAGUCAACCAACCUCUUUUGAGUCGACAAGUCUUUCAUGAGCUUACCGAAAACCUCGUGCUCUCUGCUGAUCACAAAAUGGUUUCUGCGAAGUAUAGUGAAGCUCACACAGACGCAGAUAUAAUUUCAUUACUUGAGUCACUAGCUGCAAAGGCAUUUGUGAUUUCUUCGUUUGCUGAAGUUAAAUUCUCUCAGCUUGUGCCGCUGCCACCCUCGUCCUUGGGAGAGCCAUUUAGCAAAAGGCUUAGCAGCGGAAGCUGUGCCAUAGAGGAAGAAGAUGAACAUAUUGCGAAUGAAGAUGAACACUUCAGAAGCAAAGAAGCUGCGUCAGGCUCGGAGACCGCUAGCUCGACGCUGAGAAAAAGAAACUCAAGCGAGAACUCAGCGUUUGAAGCUGUAUUGAAAGAUCUACCGCCUUCGGAGGUUUAUCAACUAUGCACAGAAGCCAUGGUGCUUUAUAUGAAGGCUUUGUCAACUUUAGCAAAAGCCAUGCAAGCGACUUCCAACUGGUGGUAUCGAUCUCAAGAGAAAAACUGUUCACUCAAGCUCAAUGUUCUAGUUCAGUGGUUACGUGACAAGUUUAAUGAAUGUUUGGAGAGGGCAGAAUUUUUAAGGUUAAAACUCAUAUCCAAAGGCUCUUUUUCAGCGGACGAUUCUACACUGAGCGCAUCAAGAAUAAAUGGAACAGGUGCCGAAACUGCAACCGCUAGCGUUGAAGAAGAAAGUGAGCCUGUUUUUCUCGAGAAACUUAUUUACGAUAGGGCGCUUGAAAUCUCCAAAACUGCAGCAAAAUUCGAAAUGCAAGGUGAGUUUUUGAACAAUUGCGAACUUGCGUACGCAACAUCUUUAUGGAUGCUGGAAACUGUACUGGAUCAAGAUACGGCAGACGACAACAUUGGUGAUUUUGGUUUCCAGACUACAGAAGCUUUAGACGAAGCUGACCGGCUAAUGAUCAAGAAGUAUAUUGAUAGCGUUGCUAAGAGGCUAAAAAUCCUGAGAAGGAAACUCAAUUCUUCAUAA